AUGAAUCGUGUUGCUUUGGUGACUGGUGCUGCUCGAGGAAUAGGACGUGCAAUUGCUCUUCGCCUUGCUAAAGAUGGUUUCAAUGUUGCUGUUAAUGAUAUAGAAGCAAGCUCUUCUGAUCUUCAAAAAGUUCAACAAGAAAUCGAAGAAAUUGGUCGAAAAUCGAUCGCUAUAACUGCUGAUGUUUCUGAUAGUAAAUCAGUCGAAAAAAUGAUGGAAGAGGCUGCACAAAAAUUAGGAAGUCUAGACGUAUUAGUCGCAAAUGCCGGAAUUGGUGAUGUAAAAUCGCUCUUAGAUACAACUGUAGAAGAAUGGGAUAGAGUUUUCGCAGUAAACAUGCGUGGAGUAUUUCUUUGUUAUAAAGAAGCAGCUAAAAUUAUGAUUAAACAAGGUAGAGGAGGAAAAAUUAUUGGUGCUGGUAGUUCUGUUGCAUAUAAAGCAUGUGCAAUGAUCGGCCCUUAUUGUACUACAAAAUGGGGUAUACGAGGUUUAACACAAGCUGCUGCUAUAGAAUGGGCUCCAUACAAUAUUACAGUUAAUGCUUAUGGUCCAGGAUUCAUUAAGACAUCGUUGUCUGACAAAUCUAAUGAAGAAUUUGCAAAACUUCAAGGAAAGACAGUGGAAGAUAUUGUAAAUGAUGCUGUAAAAACGAUUCCACUUGGUCGCGUAGGAUAUCCAGAUGAUGUCGCAAACUUGGUUUCAUUUCUUGCAAGCAAAGAUUCUGACUAUAUUACUGGACAAAAUAUUUUAGUUAAUGGUGGAAGAGAUUUUUCUUAA